CGGGGCCUCGCGGCGCCACGGUGCGCAGGCGCAGCCGUCGGUGGGUCGGGGUUCGGCCACCUGAGAGGGUCUGCAGGUCUGAAACCCCCUGGGCAUCAUUUCUUCCUGUCUCAAGAUGGAUAACAAGAAGCGCCUGGCCUAUGCCAUCAUCCGCUUCCUGCACGACCAGCUGCGGCAUGGGGGGCUCUCAUCUGAUGCCCAGGAGAGCUUGGAAGUUGCAAUCCAGUGCCUGGAGACCGCUUUUGGGGUGACGGUGGAAGACAGCGACCUCGCACUUCCUCAGACCCUUCCAGAAAUAUUUGAAGCGGCUGCAGGCAAGGAGAUGCCACAGAACCUGAGGAGCCCUGAGCGAACCCCACCUUCAGAGGAAGACCUGGCCGAGGCAGAGCGCCUCAAAACUGAAGGAAACGAGCAGAUGAAAGUCGAGAACUUUGAGGCCGCCGUGCACUUAUACGGGAAAGCCAUUGAGCUCAACCCUGCAAAUGCCGUCUAUUUCUGUAACAGAGCCGCAGCCUACAGCAAACUGGGGAAUUACGCAGGGGCCGUGCAGGACUGCGAACGGGCCAUCUGCAUAGACCCGUCCUACAGCAAAGCGUAUGGGAGGAUGGGCCUGGCGCUCUCCAGUUUGAACAAGCACACAGAGGCCGUGGCCUACUACAAGAAGGCCCUGGAGCUGGACCCCGACAACGAAACAUACAAGUCCAACCUCAAGAUAGCGGAAUUAAAGCUGAAAGAGACACCCAGUCCAACGGGAGGGGUCGGCAGCUUUGACAUCGCAGGCCUGCUGAACAACCCCAGCUUCAUGAGCAUGGCAUCAAACCUGAUGAACAAUCCCCAGGUUCAGCAGCUCAUGUCUGGGAUGAUUUCCGGCAACCACAACCCCCUGGGGACUCCCGGCACCAGCCCCUCGCAGAACGACCUGGCCAGUCUCAUCCAGGCGGGCCAGCAGUUUGCCCAGCAGAUGCAGCAGCAGAACCCAGAGCUGAUUGAGCAACUUCGAAGUCAGAUCCGAAGUCGGACGCCCAGUGCCAGCAACGAUGACCAGCAGGAAUGACCACCUACCCGUUCCAGCACAUUGGGUUCUUCCUAGCUGACCGGAGCCUCCAUGUGUUCUGCGUUUUCUUCUAUUGGAUUGCCCAAGAGGGAAAAAGAAAAAGAAAUUGGACCUGCAUGAGAUAGAUUUUUAUGCUUUUAUUUUUUUUCCCUUCACCCUCCCCCUUCCUUUUUGUACUCCCUCAUGGCUCCCAGACCCUUCUCAAAACAGAGCCAGCAAGCUGUGAACACAGACCAGCACCAAUCUCCAAAAACCCAGUCACUAAAGUAUUUCCUAGAAUAUUCCAGAGUGGGGAUUGUCCUCGGGCCGCUCUCCGAGAAGCCACCGGUUUUAUUUCCAGCCACAUCUGAAGCCCACUCCUGGGUCCCGCUCCCUUGGUCUGUCUUCACGAGAAGCCUCUUUCUGAGUCAACUUGGGCUGCUCAGACGAGCUCACUGCCAGCCGUGGUCUGGGCACCAGUGUCCACCAGGCUUUCGGACCACAGGUUUUUGCAUGAGGAACUCUAGUUGCAGAUUCCUAAAGACACUUUCAUUGCUUGUCGGGAGUGGGACCGUCUUGGGGUGCCUAGGGCCAGUUUCUGGGACAAUCGAGCAUUUUUGAUAGAUGCGCUUUUCACCCCCUUCGUUCCUUCUUCCCCCGUGCUGACACCCGACAGACCCCAAGGGGCACAAUCGUGACCUUCCUGCCUGGCCCCCUGAGCAGUCCUAGCCUGCCUGUGUGUCUGGGCCCAUGGGCUCCCAGAGGGCUCUGCCUCCUGUUCCGGGGCCCCUGGUGCCACCCUGCUCAGCCUGCAAUUGCCAAGCAGGCAAGAGCUGCCUCCAAGGAGGGCAAACACACAAGCCAGGGCUGGGUAGCCUGCCCAAGAUGCAAGGUCACCAUGGAUGUCCCUGCAUCCUCUGCUUGGGCAGGGGGUUGGGAGAUCUGGUGAGCCCCCCUGUGCUGGCAGCAGUGUUGGAGGCUCCCUGGUGGUCUACAAGGUCGACCCGGUGCCGUGUGUUAUAGGAAACUAGUAGGAAGAAGGGCCACUGCCAGCCACCUGCAGUCACCACAUGUCUGGCAAGGUGGCCCUGACUCUUGAGUACUAGCCAUGGUAAUGAGAGUAAUGUGUGGGGAAUAAAUAGACAUCGCGACC